AUGCCGAAGCGCGCCGCCUCGCGCGACGAGAGAGCUGGAAGAGGUGUUGGAGCAGCAAGGUCGACUGAGACCAACACCGAACGUCAGUUUGGAAGCGCGCCGAAAAAAUCCGGGCGCACGAGCAGAGGCAAGCGGCUGCUACAGCCAAGGCCAAGCGCGCUCUCCCGCCGCCUGGCUCGGUACCAGCAACCAUCGGCGCCGCCUGUGCAAACAUCCCCCCCCAUCCACCGCUCCAACAGUCGGCCUCGGAGCUCGUACCGCAAGCUCAUGCAUGCUCGAGCGACGGGCGUGCAGCAUCAUCCCGGCCUCGCCUCGCUCAUGGCGCGCCACGCACAGACGUCAGCUGCCCUCGCUUACACCCGCGACUGCUUGGCUCCCAUCAGUGCUGCGGAUGCCAUCAGUGCUGCGGUUCAGCAUGCCAUGCUUGCCAGCUGA